AUGGUUUGCGUCCUAUUCGUUUUCCAGUUCAUGAUUCACAUGGCAGGUGCCUGCUUUGUUGAGGAGAGGAUUGCUCUUAUGCGCAUCAGAUCCUCCUUGUUGGAAGCCAAAAGUUUCGAAGUCGAGACGUGGGGACGGAUUGAGGACUGCUGCACCUGGGAGAGAAUCACUUGCAACAACAGCACACGAGUGUCGGGUCUCGACCUCGACAAUAUAUACUCCCAGUACUUUGGAUCUCCAUGCUGGAAUCUCAAUUUGACCAUCUUUUCCUCGUUUCAUGAGCUUGAGCUGCUGGAUUUAUCUUGGAAUCAGGCUUGUCUUGAAAAUUUUGAUGCCAUUAGAAAUCUCAAGAACUUGAGAGAAUUUCGUCUAGCAUACAAUCAAUUGAAUGGAAGCAUCCCAGCUUGGUUAUUUGAGCUUCCACGCCUUGAAUACUUGGACCUUUCAGAAAAUAUCCUUCAAGGGCAUAUACCUAUAAGCGUGUCUUCGAAUAUUUCUUUGUGCCUUAAAACUCUCAAGUUGGCAGCAAAUAAUCUAAAUGGGAAGUUUGAUUUCUUUUGGCUACGGAACUGCACCAUGUUAAAGGAGGUAGACUUAUCGUGGAAUACUGAAUUGGCUAUUGAUGUCAAGUUCCUUACAAGCGUGACUCCAUCAUUUCAACUGCGAGUACUAAUGCUCUCUGGGUGUAACCUUGACAAUAGUAUCAUUGCGGGACCGAAUUUAUUUGUCAGACAACGUAAAAUGCAAAUCCUUCAUCUAUCCAACAACAACUUGGCAGGGAGCCUGCCUAACUGGAUGUUUUCAAAUGAAACAGCUCUGAUUCAUCUGGAUCUUGGAAAUAACUCGCUAGUAGGAUCAUUGGAUCUGAUGUGGCAGCAACAAUCUAAUCUCCAAAUGAUCAACAUAUCUAUGAACUUUUUCAUGGGACAGCUGCCAAUGGACAUCAGCUCAGUGUUUCCCAAUCUAACAGUUCUAGAUGCUUCUUAUAACAAUAUUUCUGGACGUUUACCUUCAUCUCUGUGCAAUAUUAGCAACUUGGAAUUUGUAGACUUGUCAAACAAUAAACUUACAGGGGAGGUGCCAUCUUGCUUGUUCACUGAUUGUUCGUCGCUGGGAUUCCUGAAGCUCUCAAACAACCGUCUCGGGGGUCCGAUACUUGGUGGGGCUAAUAAUUGUUUCUCUGGUGUUGAAGUAAUAUACCUUGAUAGCAACUAUUUUGAAGGAGCAUUGCCUAACAAUCUAUCAGGUUUUAUGUUAAUCAUGGAUUUUCAUGAUAAUAAAUUGUCCGGCGAACUUGAUGUAUCAUUUUGGAAUAUUCCUUCCUUACGAUCUUUGAGUGUUGCUACUAAUAAUUUAAGUGGUCAAAUUUAUCCAACGAUUUGCAAUAUGACUGGUCUUAACUAUUUGGAUAUAUCAGACAACGACUUCCAAGGGUUUAUACCAAACUGUAGCAGCAAGUUACCACUAUUCUUUUUGAACAUGUCGAGCAAUGCCCUCUCAGGCUUUCCUAGUUAUUUUUUCAACAGCUCCUCUGUCAUUGCUUUAGAUCUAAGUUAUAACCAGUUCAAGGGCCGUAUUGAUUGGAUACAACAUCUUUCUCAAAUAAAGUUACUCCAAUUGGGUAUGAAUAUGUUUGAGGGGCAGAUCUCCGCAGACCUGUGUCAUCUCCUUUACUUGAAUAUUAUUGACCUGUCGCACAAUAGACUUUCGGGUUCAUUACCACCUUGCAUAGGUGGCAUCUCAUUUGGAUUCCCUGUGGGGCAUGACAAGGGGUAUCCGUAUUUCUCGUACUGGGUCUAUCAUAUAAAUCAUACCCUCCUCCAUGGCUUCACCUUCUCCACUAAAGGGCAUGUUUACACAUUCAGCCCCGGUUUCUUCAAUCUAAUGUUUGGCAUCGACUUAUCGGAAAACAUGCUAUCAGGGGAGAUCCCAUGGGAGAUAGGAAAUCUGAGCCAUGUCAAGUCCCUCAAUCUAUCGCACAAUUUCUUUAUUGGCCAGAUUCCAGCUACCAUUGCAAACAUGAGCGCCAUAGAAAGCCUAGAUUUGUCCCAUAACGAGCUCAGUGGACCGAUACCCUGGCAAUUGACCCAAAUGUCAUCUUUGGAGGUGUUCUCUGUUGCCUACAACAACUUGUCAGGGUGCAUACCAAACCUUGGCCAGUUCAGCUCGUUCGGUGGGGACAGCUACUUAGGCAACGCUAACCUUCACAAUUUGUCAGAGGAGAACAAGUGCUCUCUUAUUAUAGGCCCCAUUGAAGUGGGAGAUGUGGAUGAGGCAACUGAUGAUUUAGUCCUUUAUAUUAUCAGUGCUGCCUCAUUCGUAUUGGCAUUCUGGGCCACUGUUGCAUUCCUGUUUUGCCAUUCAUUGGGACAGCGUCUGGUACUCCGACUUUAG